GAAAAAAAUAAACUGAUUCACGCGCCGAGAAUCGCUGAGAGACACACUCGCAGAAGCACACACACACACAGAAAUCGACGGCAAACAUCAAUUCAAUGCGCCAUAGUCCAACCUAACUACACAGACAUCCCUUCUACAUCCGCCAUCGAUCAUGGGAUUGGCCAAUGGCUCGGGGUCGGGCUCAGGACCGACCCGGAUCUCGAUCCUAGGCAAGGACGACAUCGUUGUUGACCACGGCAUUUGGCUCGACUUCGUGACUCACGAUCUCCUCGAAAAUCUCAAGACAUCAACAUACGUUCUUAUCACAGACACAAAUCUUUACGACACAUACGUCCCCCCGUUCCAGAAUGUCUUCAAUGCAGCUGCGCCCGCCUCGACACGACUCCUCACCUACGCCAUCCCGCCCGGCGAAGUAUCCAAAAGCCGCCAUACUAAAGCCAGCAUCGAGGACUGGAUGCUGUCGCAGAAAUGCACAAGGGAUACCGUCAUCAUUGCCCUCGGCGGCGGCGUUAUUGGUGAUAUGAUCGGCUACGUUGCAGCCACCUUCAUGCGAGGUGUUCGCUUCGUCCAGGUGCCUACUACUUUGUUGUCCAUGGUUGACUCAUCCAUUGGCGGCAAGACUGCAAUCGAUACCCCCAUGGGCAAGAACCUUAUAGGCGCUUUUUGGCAGCCUUUCCGCAUUUACAUUGACCUGACCUUUCUCGAGACGCUGCCGACGCGAGAAUUUAUCAAUGGCAUGGCAGAGGUUGUCAAGACGGCUGCGAUCUGGGAUGAGGACGAGUUCACGACUCUCGAAUCCAACGCCCCCGCCAUUCUGGCUGCCAUCAAGUCCCAGGGUGAGCCCUCUCAAAGACUCUCACCUAUUCGAGACAUCCUCAAGCGAAUCGUGCUUGGCUCAGCCCGCGUCAAGGCCCAGGUGGUGUCCAGCGACGAGAGAGAAGGUGGCUUGAGGAAUCUGCUCAACUUUGGACACUCCAUUGGCCAUGCGUACGAGGCUCUCCUGACGCCCCAGCUCCUGCACGGAGAAGCAGUUGCCAUUGGCAUGGUCAAAGAGGCAGAGUUGGCCCGCCAUUUAGGCAUUCUUCGGCCUGGUGCCGUAGCCCGGCUUGUCAAGUGCAUUGCGAGCUACGAGCUGCCCACCUCCGUACAUGACAAGAAGGUUAUCAAGUUGACGGCAGGCAAAAAGUGCCCCGUCGACGUGUUGCUGGAGAAGAUGGCCGUCGACAAGAAGAACGACGGCGCCAAGAAGAAGAUCGUGCUCCUCUCGGCCAUUGGAAAGACGCACGAACAGAAGGCCAGCGUUGUCGACGACCGCGCAAUCAGAGUCGUCCUCUCCCCGGCGACGCAGGUGAUUCCUGGUGUCCCAAAGACCCUCAACAGUACAGUGACGCCUCCCGGCUCCAAGAGCAUCUCGAACCGCGCACUCGUUCUUGCAGCUCUGGGCCAGGGAACCUGCCGCAUCAAGAAUCUGCUGCAUUCGGAUGAUACCGAGUACAUGCUCUCGGCAAUCGCCCAACUGGGCGGUGCGACCUACGCCUGGGAAGAAGCUGGGGAGGUCCUGGCUGUCCAAGGCAAGGGAGGCAAGCUCAGUGCGAGCAAACAGGCGUUGUACUUGGGCAAUGCUGGCACUGCGUCUCGAUUCUUGACAACUGUGGUUAGCCUUUGCGCCCCGUCUGACGUGUCGUCGACGGUGCUCACGGGGAACGCCCGAAUGAAGGUCCGUCCCAUCGGACCUCUGGUUGAUGCUCUAAGAGCCAACGGUCUGGGGAUCAAAUACCUUGGACAGGAGAAGAGUCUUCCUCUACAGGUGGACGCCGCUGAUGGCUUCGAGGGCGGGGUCAUUGAGUUGGCUGCCACCAUCUCGUCUCAGUAUGUCUCGUCCAUUCUUAUGGCUGCGCCGUACGCAAAGCAACCGGUUACCCUGCGCCUUGUUGGAGGAAAGCCAAUUUCUCAAUUCUAUAUCGACAUGACCAUCGCCAUGAUGCGUACUUUUGGCGUCGACGUGACGAGGUCGACCGAGGAGCCCAACACGUACCACAUUCCGAAGGCUGUCUACAAAAAUCCCCCAGAGUAUGUGGUUGAGAGCGACGCCAGCUCCGCAACCUACCCCCUCGCCAUUGCAGCCAUCACUGGCACCACCUGCACUGUGCCCAAUAUCGGUUCAGAGUCCCUCCAAGGCGAUUCUCGAUUCGCAGUUGAUGUGCUGAGGCCCAUGGGCUGCACUGUCGAGCAGACAGGCACUUCCACCACCGUUACCGGACCGCCUAUCGGCAGCCUGAAAGCCAUUGAGCACGUCGAUAUGGAGCCUAUGACAGACGCAUUCUUGACAGCGUCAGUCCUCGCGGCUGUAGCAUCGGGAACCACAAAGAUCAGCGGCAUUGCCAACCAGCGAGUUAAGGAAUGCAACCGUAUCGGAGCUAUGCGCGAGCAACUGGCAAAGUUUGGCGUUGAGACGGACGAGUUUGACGACGGCAUUAUCAUCAUUGGGCGUCCUGUUCAAAGCUUGCAGGAACCCACAGACAGCAUAUUCUGCUACGACGAUCACCGCGUUGCCAUGAGCUUCAGUGUUCUCUCAGUUGUUUCGCCCAAGCCCGUUACGAUACUCGAACGGGAAUGUACUGGCAAGACAUGGCCGGGCUGGUGGGACACACUGUCUCAGUCCUUCGACGUUCAUCUGGAUGGUAUUGAUCAGCACCCCAAGUCGACUUUGACGGGACCCUCCAUGAAAACUCGUAAGGACAAAUCUGUCUUCAUCAUCGGCAUGCGUGGUGCGGGCAAGACAACUGCUGGCAGGUGGAUGGCCGACACGCUCAAGAGACCAUUCAUUGAUCUGGACGAGGAGCUGGAGCGACGGGCUGGCAUGACUAUUCCUGAGAUGAUCAGAGGUUCCAGGGGCUGGGACGGCUUCAGAAAAGACGAGCUGGACCUUCUGCGUGAUGUCUUAGAGAAGCAGAGCCACGGACACAUUUUCUCGUGCGGUGGUGGCAUUGUCGAGACCCCGGAAGCUCGGAGACUACUCGUUGGUCAUUGCCACAACAGCGGAACUGUGUUGCUGGUCCAUCGCAACACCAAGGAAGUCGUUGACUAUCUCCUUCAGGACAAGUCUAGACCAGCAUACAGAGAGGACAUUGAAGAUGUUUACUACCGCCGAAAGCCAUUCUUCGAAGAAUGCAGCAACUUUGAGUACUUUAGUCCUCACCCGCCUGGUACAAUGGCAACGCAGGACCCGCCGCUGGACUUCCGGCGCUUCGUCAAUGUCUUGUGCGGAGAGCAGGCUCAGGCGAAGAGGGCGCUGGCAAAGGAUCCCAGCUUCUUCGUCUCGCUCACGGUACCAGAAGUUGCUUCGGCCCUGACCCUGAUACCGGCCGUUGUCGUUGGAGCAGAUGCCGUCGAGCUUCGUGUAGACUUACUGCAAGACUACUCAGAAGAUUCAGUGGCUCAUCAAGUUGCGCUUCUCCGAUCUGUCGCCGACGUGCCCAUAAUUUUCACCCUGCGGACAAAGGCACAGGGCGGCAAAUUUCCGGACGAUGCCUAUGACCAAGGUCUUGGGCUUUACCGGAAGGCGAUUCGCAUGGGUGUCGAGUUCAUCGACGUUGAGAUGACACUCCCGGAGCGCGUCAUCCAAACGGUCGUGGAGAACAAGGGACCGUGCCGCAUAAUAGCUUCCCAUCACGACCCUACGGGCAACCUGUCGUGGAAGAACGGCUCCUGGAUCCCGUUCUACAAUAAGGCGCUUCAAUGGGGUGAUGUGAUUAAGCUGGUUGGCGUUGCCCAGCGCAUCGAGGACAACUACGACUUGGCGCACUUCAGGUCAGAGAUGCUGUCCUCGCACAAGACACCCAUCAUUGCCCUCAACAUGGGAACUGCUGGCAAGCUCAGUCGCGUGCUCAAUGGCUGCCUCACUCCAGUAUCUCAUCCCGCUCUGCCGUUCAAGGCAGCCCCGGGGCAGUUGUCCGCGGCUGAGAUUCGGCAGGCUUUGGCGCUACUGGGUGGCAUUGACCCGUUGUCUUUCUACCUCUUCGGCAAGCCCAUCUCGGCUUCGAGGUCACCCGCACUGCAUAACACCCUUUUCGCGCUGGCAGGCUUGCCGCAUGAGUACUUCCGAAAGGAGACGGAUAAUGCUGCUGAUGUACGCGAGAUCAUCCGUGCGCCUGACUUUGGCGGCGCCUCCGUCACGAUCCCCCUGAAGCUGGACAUUAUGAAGGAGAUUGACGAAAUAUCGGAGGCUGCCCGUGUCAUUGGGGCCGUCAACACCAUCGUUCCGACCAGAGUCAGUGGAAGUAGUGACACUAAGCUGGUCGGUGACAACACUGACUGGUCGGGCAUGGUCCACUCUCUUCAGUCUGUAGGAGUUGCAUCUCGCUCCUCCACUGGCGGCCAGUGUUCCGCAAUGGUUAUCGGUUCGGGUGGAACCACAAGAGCUGCCGUAUUUGCACUUCAUGCGCUGGGCUUCGGGCCCAUUUAUGCCUUGGCGCGCAACAGCGGCAACUUGGAGACUUUGAAGGCUUCCUUCCCUCCCGACUAUGGUAUUGAGGCUCUCAAGAGCGCCAGCGAGGCAGCUGCCUUGAGCACCUCACCUACUGUCAUUGUUAGCACAAUUCCCGCAGACAAGCCAGUUGACCCCUCACUUCGAGAGACGUUGGUGGCGGUGUUGCGCCACGGAACAGCGACCGAUGAAAAACGCGUCCUUCUCGAGAUGGCCUACCAGCCUCGUCAUACCCCUCUGAUGCAACUCGCCGAGGAAGCCGGAUGGGAAACCAUCCCUGGACUGGAAGUGCUCUCGGCCCAGGGCUGGCAUCAGUUCCAGAAAUGGACCGACAUCGUCCCACUUUACGAGACGGCCCGAGCGGCUGUGCUGGGCGAAGUGACCGUGGAAGUCAGUGGGAGCAAGGCUUGAUCGAAGGGCGUGAAUUCUUCGACGGUAGGAUCGAUACUCUAGAUGUGCGAUCUUUUGCUCGUUUCGCGGGAGGUUACGCGAGGGUAGGCACUACACUGUCAUCUGCUUGUGUAAGGACUUCGUCUUUGUGGGUCAAUUCUACCUAGGCAAGAUGUAGCAAAUGAUGAACUAUCUACCAU